CCCUGCAGCCCGGCAGCGCGGCGCAGUGUGGCUGGCUGCUGCGUUCCCGGGGAGCCGUCCGUGAUCCCGCAGUGCGGCCAUGGCAGACCCGCAGCCCGCGUCCAGCGGCCUCAGCGACGAGGCCGCCCUCAGUUGCUGCUCUGACCCGGACCCCAGCACCAAGGACUUUUUGUUCCAGCAGACCAUGCUGCGCAUUAAAGAUCCCAAGAAGUCAUUGGAUUUUUAUACUAGAGUUCUUGGAAUGACGCUACUCCAAAAAUCAGAUUUUCCCACUAUGAAAUUUUCACUCUUUUUCUUGGCUUAUGAGGAUAAAAAGGACAUCCCAAAAGAUAAAGAUGAAAAAGUAGCGUGGGUAUUUUCCAGAAAAGCUGCACUUGAACUGACACACAAUUGGGGCACUGAAAAUGAUGAGACCCAGAGUUACCACAGUGGCAAUUCAGACCCUCGAGGAUUUGGUCACAUUGGAAUUGCUGUUCCUGAUGUACAUGCUGCUUGUAAAAGGUUUGAAGAACUAGGAGUCAAGUUUGUGAAGAAACCUGAUGAUGGUAAAAUGAAAGGCCUGGCAUUUAUUCAAGAUCCUGAUGGCUACUGGAUUGAAAUUUUGAAUCCUAACAAUAUGGCAACUAUUAUUUAGUUCUGUGACAAUACUGUUUUGAGAUUUCAGUGAAGACAUUAUGGGAGGUAAAAAAGGAAACAAUGUGAUUCAGGAUAUUCAGAUGACAGAAGCAUCUAGGGCCGAUGGAUCAUGUCCCAAUUCAAAUUACUUUUCAGUCCUUUUUCCUUUCCUAUUUCAGCUGUUUUUCACCUAACUGUUCAGUCAUUCUAGUUUUAAAGCAGUGCUUUGUCUUAUGUCCUUGACUGUAGUUGUAUAGCUUUACUUUUUUAGGUAAUAAUUAGAACAGUUCCCUUCAGAAGCUGCAUUUGCCUUCUAUCUCCUAAAUAUGACUUCUUUACCAGUCUGCCUUUGAAUCAUCAUUUUCAAAAAUAACAUUUAAAAUGUUUUUGUUGUAGUUACCUUCUGGGGUUUCAGUUCCUCAGAAAUAACUUUGCACAAUGGAAAGUAAAGAACACUGAACAAAAAUGAAACUUCAUGUGUACUUCAAAUAUUAGAAAGUGUUUAUUUUACAGAAGAGAAGGUACUCUUGGGAGCAAUUCAGAAUCAUGCUGACAAGGAUGCUGAUAGACAAACUAAUUUCUUCUUAUUUACAAAGUAUUUUCAAAGUUCAAAGACUACUAACUUCUUUAUUUUGGGAUGGGGAGGAGGAUGAGAAUAUUAUUUGCUGGGUAUGCAGACACUGGAGUAGGCUGUCACAUACUUUAUCUCAUUUAAUCCAACUGGCCUGUGAUUUCUCAGGCUAGACAUGCAAACUAACUAGAAUGAACUGAAGGCAACAUAAAUAGACUCACGUACUCAAGAUCUCAUCAUCAUUUUUAGUAUUUAAAUUGUACCUCAAAAAUUAGCACCUCACAAUCCCUCAUCUGCUAGUCUUCUGUUGUAAAAACCUUCAGUGAAUUUGAGCAUUGUCCUCUCAGCUCUCGGGCCUGAGUACCACCGUGCGGGGAGAAGCAGUGGAGGAAAUCAGUAGCACACGACUGCUCUUGGCUGCCCACUUGUUCCUGCACAAGUGGUGCUUGUUACUUGUGAGGAGCCCGUAUCCCAAGGUCUUCCAGAUGCCAGUGAUCAUGUAGGAUAAAUUACGUUCAGUGAUAACAUAACUUAGUUAUCAGAAAUCAGCUCAGUGGUCUUCCCUGCCAUGAUUGACAUUUGAUGGGUUUUAAAAAAGCAAACUGAUUUUGAAAAUGUCUUAUGGCCCAGAGAAUAAGAAUAUCCAGUUUGUGGUUUAACUACAGUUAGAUUUUCUAUAGACUCUAGUGGAAGACCUUUGGGUAGGCCAUGCAGACUGUGCUUAUACUGCUAGAAGCACUUUACAUUUCCUUUUUGGAUGGAAUGGAUUCAUGUGAGCAAUUCAAACAAAUAGCAGUACUUACAGACCGAAAUAAAGUAAAAUUUUAAGUAAGACUA